UAGUACUUGGCCCAAGACACGAGUGGAUAGAGGAGUGAUCAAGCUGGGAAGAGUCAACACUCAACAGUCCACUCAGGACUCAGAAAUGGCUUCCAUUCCAUUAUGUACCACUGCUGCUUCCCACUCAUGCCUCACCUCCAACUCCUUCAGUUCUCCAUCUUGUUUUGUCAAACUCAAUGCCCAGUUUCUGGGUACCCGAAACAGGCAGGGUAGGGUCAGACCCUUUGGUCUUGGACCCUCCAAGUGCUGGUUCAAAUUCGUUAUAGAUGCAAAGGUUGCUGGAAUCUACGCAAGCCAAUCCGGUGGUGAGUUUGAUAAAGAUAAUGUAGAGCAGAUGGGAGUGGAGAAGCAAGUUCUGAAGGCUGGAACCGGUCCCAAACCGGUAGCAGGUCAGAAUGUGACCGUUCAUUGCACCGGUUAUGGAAAAGAUGGUGAUCUGAAACAGAAGUUUUGGAGCACUAAGGACCCCGGGCAGCAGCCUUUCACCUUCAAAAUUGGGCAAGGGAAUGUUAUAAAAGGGUGGGAUGAAGGAGUCCUUGGAAUGCAAGUUGGAGAAGUUGCUCGUCUGCGGUGCUCUCCAGAUUAUGCUUAUGGAGCUAGUGGAUUUCCUGCUUGGGGGAUACAACCUAAUUCAGUUUUGGAUUUUGAGAUUGAAGUACUACGAUUGGAGUGACAUCAGGGCAGGGAGUUGGAAUAUCUGCAAAUCCAUAUGCAUAACAUAAUAAGUGGCAUAUUGUUACUAAGGAGGUGAAGGACUAAUAAGUAGAAGCAAGAACAGGUAGGAAGCGAGGGUGGCAAAAGAGCAUCUGCUCAUGUCAUGACCUCAAUUUUGACGUGUUACUGACCGUACUCUUGAAUUCCACUUCUGCGGGCAUGGACAGUGAAGGCAGACACUUUUGAAAUGAUAUUUAGGAAGGCUCAAAGAUGUAAUAAACUUUUGCUUUUCUAAUUUGCCUCGUUUAUUGGCAAUGAUCUCGCAUUGUUUGAGGAGCUCUAGAAAUUUCGUAAUGAGGAUAUGCUACUUAAAGAUUUGCAAU